UUGUUAAACACAUACGUCAGCGUCUACGCGGUCUGAUGCAGAUUAUACAGAUUGUUAUGCUGUUAAGAAGACAAUAAAAUAGGGCAUUGCCGCACUGGUUUACCUGUCCUCAGGCCUCCACUAGACCAGAUUUUCAGGAUUACCUUGGAUGAGAGCAGAGUCUUUAAGAAUUACAAGCAAAGAUAUCAGAGCACAGAACUUGUAACUAAGAAUCUAUAUAAGUAUGCAGCAAUAGACGUCAGCGAAAUGGAUCAUGUAAUUCUGGUGUUUCUAUUGCUUGGGGCCCAGUCGUGCUGCAGACCAGUACAUGAUGCAGCUUUAGUGGUGGAAGUGACCACUUACCUCUAUGGCACAGCUGUGCUCCCAUGUACGUUCCAGUUCAUCACUGGGCCAAAAGGCUCAUAUGUCACAUGGGUGAAGGAGAAUGCUUUGAACAAGGGAGGCCCCAUUGCUCAUGUCUUCCAAGACAGACAACAUAGAAGUGAGUUAGAAGAUCCCGUGUACAGGGGACGCACAGAGAUGAUCGGAGAUCUGUACAGAGGGCAGCUGAACCUGAUGCUGAGGAAUGUCACCUUCUCUGAUGAGGGAAUUUAUUACUGUAAAGCUGUUAAUGUGCAGGACAGAGGAAAUACUCCUGUCAAGCUGUUAGUAGUCCGACUGAACGCAAGUGACCCCAGGGUAACAGCUGUGACUGUUGGUGAUAAGAGACGACUGAAAUGUUUCACCACCGGGAGGUUCAGAGAUCCCCAGAUUGAGUGGACAGAGCUGCAGGAUGGAGACAUGAAAGACCUGUCCAGCUAUGGUCAUCUCACUGUGACAGUCCUCAGUGAUGGGCAACAGCUGCUGGAGUCUGUGCUGGAUUAUAAUGUGCAGAUAUAUGUGCAUUACUGGUGUCACGUCACCGAGGGAAGACUAAAGAUAUCAGUCAGAGCUGUGAUAUCAGAUGGAGAAGACACCAUAUAUAUUGAAGAUAAUAGAUUACUAUAGGCGAACAUGAGCACAUUCAGUGUUGUAUAGUGCAGUGCUGAGCCAAGUGAACAUGGAAAAUGGACACGUCAUCGAGAUGUUACAUGUGAUGACAGGAAAAACUACAGUCUAAGGCCAAACAAGCCCUUCUGAUGUUUACAAUGAAUGAACGUUGUGGUCUGAAUACAUACAGUAUUUUUUUUUUCGAAAUUGCAAAAACUUUGCUUGGAUUGUCACUCUUGCCAUUGUUGGGUUGCCUUCGUAUUACAAGUUCCAAAAACACGUAUUUACUUAUUUUGUUCUAGCGUUAACCUGAAUAGCAUGAAAAACCUAAGUUACUAACUUACUUUGGAUUACAACCACUGACUAUUUUUAUUUUACUAUUUUUGUUAUAUUUUUUAAAUUUUUUCAUAUUUUUUCAUAAUUUUUUAGAUCUUUCACAUUUUGCCUUUUUUAACACAUUUUAUAUCACAUAUUUUUUAUAUUUUUCAUCUUAGUGCAGCACUAUUUUUCAUCAGUUUUUCACCACACAAUUUGACCAGGAUUUUUUCACAUUUGACUGUACUUUGCCGUUUCUAGAGGCACUUCAUUACAACUGUACCACAUAAGGUAAUACCUGCAUAUCCCCAGCUUAUGCUUGCUCUUUACUAAUUAGGAGGCACUACCACAAAAUAUAGGUAUAUGUAUAUGUCUAUAUAUAUAUACACAUAUACUGCUAGCCUCAACGCAUCAUACGUUUUAUACUGUGAAAUUGUAUAUUUUAUACUAUGGAAUUUUCUAUUGUACUGUAUUGAUUGAUUUGAUUUCAUUUGUACAUCUGUGGAUCCACAUUUAAUUGUGGAACCGUAAUUUUAAAAAAAAGCAAUUCUGUUUGUACUCACAACCACGAGUCCAAUAUGUAUGUGAACCGAAAGUUUUAAUUAUUAAAUCUGUUUAAUUUAA